CUUUACUUCCUUCGCACCCCUUUUUUUAUUCCUCUCCUCCCGCUACUACCACUUACAGCACUACACCCAUUAUGGUGAAAGAUCUUGGAUCUGCUGCACCACCGUCUGUUGCGGAUUCGGUUGACACCAUUGCUGACUCUGCCGGACGCAACGGCACGUACGGCGAGCCUACUGCAAAUGCUGUCGACGUUGAAGCGGCCAUCGAAGAGUACAAUGAGUUGAAAAAGGAACUAUCUCGGAUCAGCCGCCAAUCCACGACACACGAAGGCAAACUCGAAGAAGGCAUUGCUGCUCAGGAGGAGUUCAACUUGGAUGAGUUUUUGCACGGCAUGUCUCAUGAAAAUCAACAAGCGGGAACGACACCCAAACAUCUCGGAAUUGUGUGGAAACAUUUGACAGUCGAGGGCUUGGGUGCAGAUGCUCACACGAUUCCCACCGUACUCAGCGAUUUGACCAAGGUACUUCGGCCAUGGAGAUAUUUCGGAAUCGGGAUGGGCGGCAGCAAAAAAACGAUUUUGCGUGGCUUGACUGGUUUUUGUAAAGACGGGGAAAUGCUUCUAGUCCUGGGCCGACCUGGAGCCGGGUGUACCACGUUGCUCAAGAUCUUGGCCAAUAUGCGUGCCUCAUACACCAAAAUUGAAGGCGAAGUCAGCUACGGGGGCAUUGAUCCACACACAUUCGCCCAGCAGUAUCGUGGCCAAGUCGUCUACAACGAAGAAGAAGAUCAGCACUAUCCAACACUUACUUUGAAGCAAACACUCCAGUUUGCACUGCGCACCAAAACGCCUGGCAACCGUCUUCCUGAUGAAACACAAAAAGACUUUGUCAACAAAAUCAUUUAUCUUCUCGGAAAUAUGUUGGGCCUCACCAAGCAAAUGAACACUCUCGUUGGCAAUGCUUUUGUACGUGGUCUUUCUGGUGGUGAACGCAAGCGUCUAUCUAUUGCCGAGGUCAUGACUACUCAGAGUUCGAUCAACUGCUGGGAUUGCUCCACCCGUGGUCUUGAUGCUGCUUCUGCCCUCGAUUAUGUCCGCUCUCUCCGUAUCAUGACUGACGUGUUCAACAAGACGACCAUUGCUACACUGUACCAGGCUUCCAACAGCAUCUUCAACUUAUUCGACAAGGUCCUGCUAUUAGACGAUGGCUACUGUAUAUAUUUUGGCCCUGUUGGUAAGGCCAAGGCAUACUUUGAAAAUCUUGGCUUCCACUGCCCACCCCGCAAGAGUGUGCCUGAUUUCCUCACCGGUUUAUGUAACCCACUUGAACGUGAGAUCAAACCAGGAUUUGAUGACACUGUCCCACAGCACGCGCCAGAUUUUCAAGACCGCUACUAUGAAUCCGACAUCUACAAGAGCAUGGUAGCAGAACUCCAAGAAUACGAGGAAAAAAUUAAUCUCGAGAAUCCCGCCGAACUGUUCAAGGAAGCCGUGCGCGAAGAGCAUCAAAAACGAGCCCCUGCCAAACAUCCUUACACCGCAUCAUUCUAUCAGCAAGUCAAAGCACUCACUAUUCGCCAAUACCAUCUGUUGAUCAAGGAUUAUCAAGCUCUCAUUUCUCGAUAUGGCUCCAUCUUGAUCCAAGGUCUCAUCACCGCCUCCUGUUUCUUUAAUAUCCCUUUAACUGGCACCGGCGCCUUUUCCCGCAGUGGUGCUUUGCUGUUUGCUGUUCUGUUCAACUCUUUCAUCUCACAAUCCGAGCUUGUCAAUUUCUUGACGGGCCGUCCGAUCCUUGAGAAGCACAAACAUUUUGCUAUGUAUCGUCCAUCGGCAUUCUAUAUCGCUCAAGUGAUUAUGGAUAUUCCAUAUGCUGUCGUUCAAGUGCUCUUGUUUGAAAUCUGUUCGUACUUUAUGAUGGGUCUGAAUCUUACCGCUGGUCGAUUCUUUACCUACUUCAUCAUUCUAUUCUUUAUCAACAUGAUGAUGAAUGGAUUUUUCAGAUUCUUUGGUGCGAUUACUACAAGUUUUUUCUUUGCAACACAGCUUUCUGGUGUAUUGCUUAUCUCGUGUGUCAUUUACACCGGUUAUGUAAUUCCAUACAACUUUAUGCAUCCAUGGUUAUUCUGGAUCUACUGGAUUAAUCCGCUAGCUUAUGGCUACAAGGCUCUGCUAGUGAACGAAAUGGAAGGCCAAAUUUACUCGUGUGAGGGUCAAGGCAAUGCCGUACCCUUCGGUCCUGGUUACGAUGACUGGGCACACAAGGUCUGUACCAUGAAGGGCGGUAAUUCUGGCGAAAACUUUGUACGGGGUGACGAUUAUCUUCGCCAAGCACUCAGCUACGAGCCCAACCACCUUUGGGCACCCGAUUUCGUUGCGUGUGUCGGUUUCUUCUUGCUCUUUACUGCUAUGACCGCAUUGGCCAUGGAAUACAUUUCAACAAACAAGGGCGGUGCUCUAACUAAAGUUUAUGUCCCUGGCAAAGCCCCAAAACCUCGCACGACCAAGGAAGAAGAAGAACGACGACAGAAACAGGUGGAAGUCACUGAAAAGAUGGAUACAAUCGCCACAGGCACGACUUUCUCAUGGCAUCAUAUAAGCUACGAAGUUCCAUUCAAAGGCGGACCUUUGCAGCUCCUCAACGACAUCUCUGGCAUUGUCCGACCCGGCCAUUUGACUGCUCUCAUGGGUUCUUCUGGUGCGGGUAAAACAACUCUUCUCGAUGUAUUAGCCAAGCGAAAAACCAUUGGCAAGGUCGACGGUCGUGUCUAUCUCAACAACGAAGCGCUGAUGUCUGAUUUCGAGCGUAUCACUGGUUAUUGUGAGCAAAUGGACAUUCAUCAGCCAGCCGUCACUGUGCGUGAGGCCUUGCGCUUCUCUGCUUACUUACGUCAAGACGCCGAUGUACCUCAAUCUGAAAAGGACACAUAUGUUGAACAAAUCAUCACGCUUUUGGAGAUGGAGGAUAUUUCUGAUGCUCAGAUUGGUGACGUUAGCCACGGUAUUGGUAUCUCAGUUGAAGAACGCAAGCGACUUACGAUUGGUAUGGAACUUGUCGCCAAGCCUAAGCUGCUUUUCUUGGACGAACCUACUUCCGGUCUGGACGCCCAAAGCUCUUACAACAUCGUCCGUUUCAUCCGCAAGUUGGCCGAUGCCGGCUGGCCCGUCUUGUGUACCAUCCAUCAACCCUCUGCCAUUCUGUUCGAGCACUUUGAUCACUUGUUGCUUUUGGUCCGUGGUGGACGCACUGCUUACUAUGGUGAAAUUGGCGAGGAUGCCCGUACCAUGAUUGACUACUUUGAAUCCAACGGUGGACCUAUCUGUUCUCCUAAUGCCAAUCCUGCGGAAUACAUUUUGGAAGUUGUUGGUGCUGGUACUGCUGGCAAGGCAAAGCGCGACUGGGCUGAUAUCUGGGCCAAGUCUGCUGAAGCCCAAGCACUUGAAGACGAACUCGAAAACAUCCACCAAACAGCUAAUCAAUCACCAAACCGAACGGCGCUAACUUACGCUACCGGAUUCUGGUACCAGUUUCAUCUGGUACACAAGCGUAUGAUGCUUGUCUACUGGCGCUCACCUGACUACAACAUCGGCCGAUUCAUUACUUUGAUGUUCACUGCCCUGCUCAAUGGCUUUACAUACUGGAAGAUCACUCUCACAUCAUCCGACAUGCAGAACCGUUUGUUCGUUUUGUUCGGAACCUUCAUCAUGGCUAACAUUUUGAUCAUUCUUGCUCAACCCAAGUUCAUGACUGAAAGACUCUACUUCAGACGCGAAUACGCCUCGCGUUUCUAUGGCUGGAUGCCGUUUGCCUUUACUUCGGUUCUCGUGGAAAUCCCAUACAUUUUGGUGCUCAGUGCAUUUUUCAUGUGUGGCGUCUAUUGGACUGUUGGUUUAGUGAACACCCCUGAAGCGUGCGGCUACUUUUAUCUCAUGCUGAUUAUCUUUGUAUUCUGGGCGGUCACCCUGGGUUUCUUGAUCGCAUCCAUUGCCGAGAUUCCGACCAUGGCAGCCGUGAUCAACCCGCUGGUCAUUUCGAUGCUUAUUCUCUUCGCUGGUCUGAUGCAAACGGAGAGUGCCAUGCCACGGUUUUGGAGUGCCUGGAUGUACUGGCUUAACCCUUUCCAUUAUUACAUUGAAGGUCUGGCGGUCAACGAAAUGGAGCAUCUGCCGGUCGUGUGUAACGAUCUCGACUUUGUCAAGUUUACACCGCCACCCGGCCAGACUUGUGAGCAGUACCUCUCAAACUACUUUGCUAUGGAAGCACCUGGCUAUGUGGAUAACCCAAACGCAACCGAUGUUUGCAACUACUGCACAUUCAAAUCUGGCGCAGAGUACUAUGAACUGACUUUUGGAUGGAACGCAGCCAACAAGUGGAGAGAUCUGGGUAUUAUUGUCGCCUUCUUUGCGUUCAACGUGAUGGCGUUCCUUGGCCUUUGCUAUUGGAAGAGAACCGGAAGACGCUAA